AAUUAUCUUUCUUAUUCGUUGUCAGAUACAUACGAGUCUGCAGAAGAUAUUACAGGGGCUUUUAUUAACGUUGCUCAUUAAGAGAAUUAAGGUGGCCCUGGCCUUAAUCAAAACUUCAGUUCUGGAUUAUUCAAAUGAAGCAUUGUCCGCCAUGUGUAUGAUGUCUAUCGUCAGUAAUUCAAUCAAUACUGAUUAGCUAUAUACUUCGCGUCGCGGGGCUGUCGCCCAGCGGGGAUACGAGACACACACGGACAUCAGCGACUGAAGUAUCACCUUCUCCUCCAUCUACCAUCCUAGCAACACAAUGCUGAGAGCACUGCUUGUUUUGCUGACAGUGAAUCUGUGCCAAGGAAGUGGACAUGUUUGUGACUUGUAUUUUGACAAACAAUAUGGAGGCAUCUUUGCUGAUUGUACAGGCAGAAAACUUCAACAGGUUCCAAACUACCUUCCGGGAAACAUAACAGCCCUGGAUAUCAGUGGGAAUGAUCUGACAAUAGUCCAAAAUAACACAUUUUACAAAUUUAACAAGCUCAUUUAUCUGAACAUGAACAUGAACCAUUUGUCAAAGUUUGAGCCACGGGCAUUUAGUGGCUUGUUCAAUCUUACCACUCUCCUUCUUGCCCGAAACAAAUUAAGAGACGACAAAGUGUCUUUCCCAGAUGAACUUUUCCAAGACCUUAUGAGUUUGCAAACUCUUAAUAUCGAACAAAAUGAAAUGUCCUCAUAUCCAGAUUGGGUGUUUCUUCCUCUCGUCAACCUCCACAGUCUGUAUAUUGACUCAGUUCCUGCUCCUUUGUUUGGUUCAGGAUUCUCCAAACUAGCAAAUUUGAAAUUGUUACAGAUGGAUUCACAGUUUCUGUAUGGAGGGACAUGUUCAACCGCACAUCUCACAAAUGAAACAUUUCAGAGUUUAAAUGAAACCAAACUUGAAGUUUUGAUUUUAAACUUUUGCAUAGGUUUAUCAUACUGCGAGUAUGGCGUUUUAGAGCCACUAAUAUUUCUAAAACAUUUGGAACUUACCCAUAAUCAAAUAGGAAUUCACAAUGCUUUACAUCUUCUCCAUCCCUUCGUAAAACAGAAUAUGAAUAGAAUUUGGUUCAAUAGUACAUUCAAGUUCAAAAUGCAAAAUGAAAAUGACAUUGUCGAUAGAGUCCUAACUAAACAAAGUAUGCGUUAUUUGACCCAAAUAUGUGUCACUGAAGUAUCUUUGAGAAGUAACCAGUUAUAUUUGAUUGAAUUUGCAUCAAUUUACAGAGAUCCGUUUGAAGGAUGUGUGAAAGUGCUUGAUGUGUCUGACAACUAUAUUGUUGGGGAUUUGGCUACAAUUUUUUUCCUGUCCAGAUUUUCUAAACUUGAAUAUUUGGAUGUUAGCUUUCAAAGACAGGAUGAUGACUUUCCAAGUUCUUCAACAUUAAAUGGAAUGAUUUCAGUAACAAUCAUAUUGCCCCCUAACCUCGUGUAUUUUGGGUUUUCUGGUUCAAUGACAGGUGCCCAAAGUAUGAAAGAAAUCGUUUUUCAAAACACACACAAUCUUGAAUCUGUAAUGUUUGCUUUUAACUUCUUGUUUGGUUUAAUGAACGUGAGGGGUUUGGAAAAUGUGAGUAAUGUUGAUGUGUCAGGAAAUAAGCUUGCCAAUGCGUUUGAUUUUCACUCAUUUGCAAACGCAAAGCGGUUAUCUUUACGAAAUUGCAAAUUAAAUUUUGUCCUUGAACCCUUUAGUGCACGCAGCAUAUUCAGUUCUCUGAAAUCUGUAGAAUAUUUGGAUGUUUCAAUGAAUCAGCUCCAACAUAAAGAACUACUUCCACUUUCAGAUACAAUCGUUCAUCUAAAUCUCUCUCAUAAUGAGUUUGAUACCAUUCCCAUUGAAACACUUUAUUAUCCACGCCUUAUCCUUAUCGAUUUGUCAUUCAACCUCAUUGGAUAUCUGGAUAAAGAUACCAGAUCGAAACUCGAUUUGUCAGCUGAAAAGAACAACCUCAAACUUAUUGUCGAAGGAAACACCUUUUCGUGUAGCUGUGAAAAUCUAGACUUCAUUCUUUGGUUGAUGGAUACACCAGUGAUUGACGAGUAUGACAGGAACUUCGCUUGCAUUCUGAACAAUGGCACAAUGACGGGAACCGUUGAUGUGGCCAACAAUUAUAAAAGUCUAAAUCGCUACUGUACGGGCAAAUUGAGCCUAAAUCUCUCAGUCACAUUUAUGGUGGUAAUAUUCACUUCCAUUUCUGCAUCAUACAUGGUCUCCAAGAAUCCAAUGCGAUAUCGUAAUGCUUUGAUGAGAAUAUUUGGAUUAGGAAUCAAAUAUUUAACACCCAAAGAUUUUGCUUUCACCUUCUACAUCGGAUAUUGUGACGCUGACAUCCCUUUUGUCUAUCAGAAACUGCGACCAGCAUUGGAACUGUAUAAUUCCCCUGUACGUCUCUUCCUGAAGGAUCGGGAUGUUCUUCCGGGGGUUGUUGUCGCCGACGGUAUCAUUUGCGGUAUCACUAACAGUUGGAAGUCUGUCCUGGUGAUUUCAGAUGACUUUCUUGAAGAUAUGUCUCAGUGGUCACAGUUUACUCUUGAUGCAGCCCUGUACUCCUUAUCGGAUCUAAUUCCUAACCGUAUUAUUGUGCUACUUGUGGGCGCUGUGCAGGUGCAGGAUCUCCCAGAGAGUCUGUUGAAUGUGGUGGAAGAGGAAUGCAUACUCCGUGUGGAGGAUUACCAGGAUGGAGAUGAGACUCUUUGGAAUGAUCUGAGAAAAAUUGCCGGUGUUUGAUAAGGUCUUCAUUGUUAGAACUUCUAUGCAGCAACCCAAUGAAUGGUAGGAAGAGAGUUCAACUGGUUGAGGACUAGCUGUCCUAUUGUAAUAUCCUGGUUGCUGUCGUUCUGUGUGCACCUUUUCAUAUUUUUUGAAUGUCAGAUGAUUUGGCCAAAACGUACUGUGAUCUGAAUCUGAAACAAUGUUUGAAAUUGUGAAUUAAUUGUAAAUUAAUUGUUAUGAAAAAAUGUCUCCAUAAAUAUUUCAUGUCUUCGGUACACUUACAUCUGAACUUAUACGGUUUACAUAUCCCUUGACUUCUAUCUAUUCCAGUAUGUUUUGUUUCUUUUCAAAUUAAGAAUUUAUCACAACUGCAUCCAAAAUGAGCUGUAAUUUAUGCGUAUGUUUGUAAGGUUGCAUUCAGUAUUAAUAUAGAAAUAUGAAUACUGUAAAUAAGGGUGGCAUUUCCUUGAAACCCUUAAUGAUGUCAACCUUUAUAAAUACAUAUCUGUUAAUUGUAGUACAGCUGAUAUGUUUGGUUUUGAUAAUCGUUGAUUAUUACAAACAUAUCUAUAACCAUGAUUUUAUCUGUGUAUCUGGCUUUUAUCAUCUAUUUAUAUGGCUUUUAACAUCUGUUUAUUUGGCUUUCAUCAUCUGUGUGUCUGGCUUUUAUCAUAUAUUUAUCAGGCUUAACCUUCAUGUAUUUUGUUUAAAAGGGACAGGUUCUACAAAUGGUUAUUAAAGUUAUUUAGGCGUCUAUGUUUCCAGCAAAUUACUUAAUGUGUAAAAGAAGAUGAAAUCUUUAGAAUCAGUGUUAUUAUAAUUUCAGUUCUCGAAUUUUUAUGCAGUUUUUCUCAAGGCAAUACAAGACAAGAACAAGAUCAGAUGGUAAAUUAAUUACGUUUAUGAUAUAUUCAAACGGAGUUGCACACUAAUCGCCACAUUCAUCGGGAUGGAGGGUGAAAUCGUAAUCGACAGCCUGAAAGAUAGUUCAGAUGACGUGAAGGUUGUAAUGGCGGCCAUUCACAAUGUUCAGCCACAGACAGAGAAACAGACAGAGGUAAACCGUGCGCACAUCCUAAUUCCCAAGCACAAAGAAGUAGAAACAGACAUGUCUCCCAUGCAGAAACUAAUGUGUGGAAAAGACUUUGUCAGAGAGCUGUGCUGCAAAACAACGGCGUUGCCGAUGUACAGACGCGUAUUGUGUUGGCGGCCAUUGAAGAUCUCAAGAAAUCUAUCGACGUCAAGCUGGACGCAUUAGAACAGAGACUCACAACAAAACUACGUAGAGAAAUACAUCAAGAAAUCAACAACAAACGAGCAGAAAUUGCAACACAGGUCGACGAGCUUGAUCAGCGAAUGAAAGACGUGGAAAAGGCGUGCACAACUGAAAAUGAGCAAGAAACAGAUGACACACAUUUAAAGAUCGUACUCAUGAAAAUUCAUGAAACCAGCGGAGAGAGCACUGCCAACAAAGCGACGUCCGUGCUUAGGGACGGUAUGAAAAUGUAAAAUGUGAAAUUCACCAAGGUAGAGAGACGGCAGUCAGCAAAUAAGAAGAAACCUGGUGUUGUCAUAGCAACGUGUGAGACAAAAGAGCAGAGACUGGAAAUAUUAAAGAAAAAGAAAGCACCGACAAUCUCAAAUAAUUUCAAGGAAGUUUUCAUAGUCCCUUCCAACACACCAGAUGAGCAGCGUGAAAUACACAAUCUCCGGACCCUCGUGCACGCCGUGGGGGACAGCAGACUACGGGUGCGGGGGCGACGGAUCGUGUAGAACCAGGAGGGAGCCGAUGGUGAGCAGAGCCACCGACGUCAACGUGACGUGGAGCGACGUUCAAGUGGUGGUGAAUGGCGCAGAGUGGAGAGGAGAGAUGAACAGACGCGACAUGGAGAGAGACGCAGAAGUUAGGUAAAAUUGGAAAUUCAGUGUAAAUGGGUGGAGUGCAGACUGUAAUUCGAUAUUCAUGUGUUCAGGACUGUGAACUUGACAUUAUCGGUAUCGCCGAAACACAUCUAACAGGUGAGGAGGCCAUAUGUGUCUCUGGAUACGUGGGAAUGGGACAUACAUGAACCAGUCUCCACCGUCGGGCCAGGCACGGGCCGGGUGGGGUCUGCUUUCUCAUUUAAGACUCUUUGUUACAUACAUAUGAUUUUCAUGUUUGAGAUAAAACGUACGAUAGUAUACUCGGAUGUCCCUUACAGAUAAACUGUCAAAGUCUCAGCAUAAUAUAGGGUUAUGUUAUCUUCCACCAGAAAACUCAAGGAGACGUGUUGAUAUCUAUGAUUUUCUUGAUUCAUUGUUGUUUAACAUUUAUGAAUUUCAAAAGACUGGUAGUGUCACAAUAUGUAGAAUUGGAAUAUGUCGAAUUAUAUUGAAGGUAUAGAUUGUUCAGGUGAGAGAGAUGUGGUUGAUUUUACUAGAAACAGGUAUCGUGAUAUUUUAUCUGAUUUCUUUAGUUAAAACAAAUAUGUGCGUCCUAUACAGCAGAAAUUGUACGCCAAAUGAAUUACUUCCAUUUCUA